GGUCGUUGACUUAUGGCCAACUCCCAUAAGGAUGUGGGGACUAUAUAUCUUAUUUUGGGGAUGUGGUCUGGUUUUGGGGGUUUGAGUCUCAGAUGGAUUAUGCGAUUAGAGCUGGGUCGUCCUGGCAUAUGGCUGCCAAGAUCAGAGGUGUAUAAUGGUGUGGUUACUUUACAUGCUAUUAUGAUGAUUUUCUUCUUUGUUAUGCCUGUAUUAAUUGGGGGCUUUGGUAAUUGGUUGUUACCAUUGUUGUUAGGGGCUAUUGAUAUGAGAUUUCCCCGGGUUAACACUUUGAGUUUCUGGAUUUUACCAUUUGCUUUGUAUAUAGUAAUUCUGUCUUUUAAUAUUGAUUAUGGGAGAGGAACUGGUUGGACUAUAUAUCCUCCUUUGUCUAGAACCCCUUAUUCUAGGGGGGUGAGAACAGAUAUAAUGAUUUUGGCGUUGCAUUUGGCGGGGGUUAGAUCUUCUGCUGCUUCUAUUAAUUAUUUAGUAACUUUUUUAAAUGUGCGAGGAAAGGCGUACAAGGCUGAGUUUUGUCCUCCGUUUGUGUGGGCUCUGUCUGUUACUAGGUUCUUGCUUUUGGUAUCUUUACCGGUUUUAGCGGGUGGGUUGACUAUGUUGAUUAUGGACCGUCAUUUUAACUGUAGGUUCUUUGAUCCUUCAGGUGGGGGGGACCCGGUUUUAUUCCAGCAUUUAUUCUGGUUCUUUGGGCAUCCAGAGGUAUAUGUUUUAAUUUUACCUGGUUUUGGGUUAGUUUCUCAUGUUUUGGUGUUUUACACUAAGAAGUUACGGGUCUUUGGUUCAGUUGCUAUGAUGUAUGCUAUAAUUUCUAUCGGGAUUUUAGGUUUUAUUGUUUGGGGGCAUCACAUGUAUACUGUCGGGCUUGAUGUUGAUACCCGGUUUUAUUUUACUGCGGUAACUAUGUUAAUUGCGGUACCUACAGGGGUUAAAGUUUUUAGUUGGAUUGCUACAAUUUACGGGUCUUAUCUGAGUUUUGAGGCCCCUACUUUGUGGGUUAUUGGAUUUUUACUGAAGUUUACUAUGGGGGGAAUUACAGGUGUGAUUUUGUCUAAUGCAUCGUUGGACGUGGCUUUGCAUGAUACUUAUUAUGUUGUCGCUCAUUUCCACUAUGUGUUGUCGAUAGGGGCUGUGUUUACUAUUUUUGGGGGAUAUGUUCAUUAUUUCCCUUUCUUUACAGGAAAUUGUUUCCAUCGGAGGUGGGCUCGUGGUCACUUUUUCCUAACUUUUGUUGGGGUUAACCUAACUUUCUUCCCGCAGCACUUUUUGGGGUUAGGGGGAAUGCCCCGACGAAUUCCAGAUUAUCCUAUUUUCUAUUAUUACUGGAAUCAGUGGAGAACAGCAGGUUGUGGGAUGGUGAUGUGUAGGGUGUCUUUGUUUACUCAUAUUCAGUGGGAAGCUUUUUUGAGGGGCCGUCGUCCUUCAAUAGUAGGAAAUCGUCCAAGGUCUCUUGAAUGGGUGGCUUUGCGUAAUUUCUCUUGUAUUGCUCGGCAUACUUUUGUUGAGGUGAUUGCUGUUCGGUUGAUGCAUGAGGUAACUAUGCGACAUAAGGAUAUUCUUGAGAAGGUGGAGUUGGGGAACAUUAAUUAUACCGCUAUUAAAGGGCCUAGGCGUAGAGGUGCUAAGUAGGGGGUUGGGGUGAUUUUGUAGGUGUUAAAUCUUGAUUGUGCCCUUGGUGGGGGUAGAAGA